AUGUCCGGGAGUCGUUUGAUGCCUGAGGACAUUCGGAAGAAUCUCUGCACUCAUCUCAUUUACGCAUUUGCUGACAUCGACCCGUCUACAUUGCAGAUAAUUCCCAUCGGACAAGACGACGCUCAUUCCUCAGGUCUAAGAACACUUUAUUUUGUAGAACUGAACAUGUACGAGCAGCUGUUGGCUAUCAAAAUCUCCCUUAAUGUCAAGUUAUUGAUUUCUCUUCGCAUCCCUCAGCUAAAUUUCAUGCCUUUUGGAGCUUCAAGGUUUUUGAUUCUGGCUAGGAACGCCCUCGACUUUAUGUGCGACAUACAUAAUUUUGACGGAAUUGAUAUAUUUGGUUCAACGGAUGGUCUUGAAGUGGUUAUUAAGUUAGCAAAAGUACACCUUUGUGGUCAAUGA